GCAUCGAACACCCAUUUACUCAGCACACGGUGCUGCACGUUCGCACGAAGAUAAAAGGUGUAUAACCGACAACUGCUCGGAUCUACCGCGCAACCGGUCAUCUGUAUUGCGUGGUGGCCUCUCCGGCCGUCGGUGCGUUCGGAUAAAAACGUGUUGUGGUCCGAAGAAGAAAUUAAGCCAUGUUUUCCGGUGUCACAACUCCGAUCGCGGUCUCCCCGACGCGGAUCCAGGUGCAGCCGUCGCCACUCCUGUCCGGCCGGGUUUUGCCACGAGAGCUCCUCUUGCCGCCGCCCGGAGCAAAAAACAACCCGUGGAAUUCCAUCUACAUAGCGACCGCACAGCCAGUAAGGUCGUCGCUGCAUUUUUCUCCAGGAACAACAUCUUCCACACAGGUAAAGACAGAGGAUGUCGCUCUUCCUGUUGAAGUGGGGGACUCUUCUUCUACUGCGUCGAAACAUCUUGAUGCUGUUGCUCCGCCGGAAUCUUCUGUGAAUGGAGACGGUGAGGACAAAGCUGCGGAACAAGUUCUCGCACCAUUUUCAACCCCCGACCUCCCCACUACCGCCGAGUGCAGUAGGAGUUCGACUAAACAGGCAAAGGUGUUGCUGCACCAGAAUUUACACAACUACGUGUUUGAGAGCACGAAGGCGAAUCCAGCGCAAAAACUCCGGAGCGCGUUGCCCUGGGCGGCGCCCAUGGGUAGUUUGUCUAGUAGCGUAGUCGUGACAGCGGGCACCAGUUCCAGUUGUACAAGCGCCGGCGCGGCCGCCUCGAAAAAUACCUCAUCAGCUAGGUCGUCGGAGUUGCUGCAGACAAACUUUUUGGAAAAGGUACUCAUGAAUCUGUUGAUUGAAGAUAAUUGUUCCGAUUGGAGGAUGAAAAGGCAACAAUUUUGAUUGUGAUGCAGCGACUUAGAGACUCUCGUGUAGGUGGAGCUGCGUGUAACAAAGAAAGUCAAAUAACUUCAAUAAAAUAUCCAGCUCCGGACCACGGCUCGCGACGCAGUGACUGCUUCGAAAUCUCCAGUAGACGUCGCGGAUGGUGUGUCGUUGAAAAGUCCGCUUGAAGUGAUUGCGUUGACAGGUGUCAAAAAGUCUUCACCAUCUACAGCAUCGCAUGUUGUCCCUCUGGCGCAGACGACAGCUUUCACGACAUCAACGCGCUUGGGAGCUCCUUCUGUAUCUUCCAUUUGUAGUUCAAAGACCAUUGCAGCAACGUCGACAUCAACUCCUUCAACGAAUUUCCCGCAAUUGAAGUCCGGUUAUGCGUAUUUCCCGGGAAUGAAGCGAUUGCUAAAACCGUUGCCGUGGGAUCCAGUGAAAGAAGCGACUGCCUCGGCUGCUGCGGAAGAGGGAGAAGAAGAGCUUGCUCGUGCAGCAGCAAGUGAGGACGUCGAACAAGAUGAUCCACCUGCGGAUGCUGAGGCUCAAGAUGAGCCUGUAGUCGUGGAGGAUGAGGAAGAGGAGCAGGAGGACGAAUUUCCAACCCCCAAGCCGGAGUCUGUGGAAGGCGGCGACAAUCUUUGCGAGGAGGAUGUAGUUCUUGCUGCGGGACUAGAGGGAGAGACGCCAGAAGCGAACCACGCCGAGGGUGAUGACGUGAUCUCACCGACGAGCCGUGCGGAGAACGUACUCGUGCUCUUACUUUGAUUCUUCAUGCGUGUUCUUGUGGAAUUACAAUAUAAUUGCAAGUAGACCAUUAUCGAUUUGCUGGUGGUGUUUUUUCCAGUUGUUUGGCAAACGCACGCAAAAUGAAACCGCUCAUUUUGAUUAUACCUUUUGGGUUAACGAAAACGACUACGACGACAAGCACGAUUGUAACAAUCUUGAAAGGAACAUCUUGCAGGUAAGCAGAACCAAGACGGCGCAAAACGAAGACAGCAAAGCUGACGCCAUUUUUGUCGCAGCGGAAGAGGAGAAAGGCGAACAGAAUGAGGCGAAUUUUGUAAACAACUGCACAGACCACAAGAACAGCAGCGGUUUUGUCGACUUGUCAGACGUACAGGAUGAAGAAAUCGAAUACGAUCCGUUACAGGUAUUGCAUUUGCAGUUUGUUCACGCAGCACAAGGACCAGCACCGUGUGAGUAUGAAUUUCUACGCACUGUCUCUUGCAUUUUCUAUGAGGUCAACACAUCGUGUGCGUCACACAUAUGCGCCGUUGUCAUACAUGCAUCACAACAAAAUCUUGGGAACUACAGAUUUCCAUCCGCGGGCGCCACCCCUACGUGCAGGACAGCGAAAUUGAGUUUAUCGUGAACAACUUGUGGGAUUUCGACGACUGUAUGGAAUUUGAGAAGGAUACCCAGAGAAAAAAGCAGGCAGGUCAUAUUUGUAAUGCAAAAAUAAACAGACAAAAAAACAAAAAAUUGCCUUGCAUGUCCUAAGCGCCAUGCAUGCUGUGGGGUCGCCCAUGACAGAUUAGUCUGUUAGUUUGCUUUUGCAUAUACAAAUGUGACUUGCCUGCUUUUUUCUGUGUGAUAAAGGAGCUGCAGAGGAACGCUCGGUACGGCGGCGACGAGAUUUUUGUCUCCAGCACCGUCGGCGGCUUGUCGCUCGGGUCCACCAGAAAAACCAUUCACUUGGUGUAUUACAAGGGGGAUCCUGGCGGUUUUGACAGCGGAGAUCACCACAGCUCCGAUGUACUAGUUGGGUCGUCCGCUCUAUGCAAGAAAAAAACUGUGUAAGUGUAUCUUUCUUUGGCUGACAGCAUCAGAAAUUUGCUCUACAUGACAGAGAAAACCUGUCAUGUGCGGCUUAUAAGGAAAAACACACAUGAAAAGAGGACUUCAUGGCUGUGACGCAUGACAGAUGUAACUCUUUUGCCCGUUCUGCAUCACAGAGUUACACUUACACAGUUUUUUUCUUGCAUACGCUCUGUCGAGGGGAAAGAUGGUGGAGAUCGGGGUGAGCUGGCCGUUCGAGCUCGUCUUGCAAGAGAAACCUUUGGACCAGGAGUGGAAACUAUCAAAUGUAAAAGUGUCUGGGUCUGGAAGAAUGCAACUUGUCGUGCUAAAUCUGAAGCAUUCAAAAAUCUGUGUUGCAUGAUUACCAAAGCAAGUCGUCCAGUUUUGACCAAGUCGGGAGGCAGUUUCUCAUGCAGGAUAGGCAUGAGAAAGAUCGCGCACAAUCUGCCAUGCUAGGUCCUGCAUUCCAGACCUCAUGGGUCAUGGAAAAGCUGCAUGACAAAUCGCGCAUUCUUCCAGACCCAGACAUUUUUGCAUUUGAUAGAAACUGCAGCAAGCCGGCUUGGCUGUGACCUCGACCAAAUCUUCUCCGACAGAACAGGCGAAAUGAAAAAGCACGUUGCUGCUGCUUUUGAAGAGGAAGACCAACAAGACGCUUGAUCUUUAUAGUAGAGGUGUCAAGCGCAAGAAGUUUUACAUACCAAUGUACCGCGGUCUCGAUCUUCGAGCAUCAAAUGAAGAAAUAAAAUUAGGGGUUCUAUCAGUUUCACUACCUCGCUAUUGCUCACCUAAAUGUAUCGAACAUACUCAACGUACAGAUUUAUUUACAAUACGAUUCGGAAAGAUCUCACACGUUUCAGCGUUUGAACUGCGCUUUGCAAAUGCCACAUAUUUAUUUUCGCCGUUUCAAUCACGGCCGCGUCGGCGUCGAGCCUCGUUUAUUUCGCCCUGAUUUUUACGUUUUUAACCUCUUUACAGCAACUGUGUAUACGUAUCAUUUUUCCACCGACACGCACCUCCGACACGAAAGCGAGAUGAAGAAUCCUUUUUACCUUUUUUUAACCAACUUUUUAUCCACCCUGCUUGCUUCUUCAACACGAACUAAUCUAGUUCUUCCAGACCGACCCUGCCCGCUGACAAAUCAGCUAGGAAAACUCAAGCUGCGUACCCUGUUACUGAUACCCCUUAUUACCGCUUUUGGAACUUCCACAAAAUUGUUCACCAAACCUCCAAGCUAACCUGUUUUUCACCCGAGUGCCUUUUUUUAAUUACAGUGAAGUCCAAUUCUUCGUAUGUUCGAAAAUACCAUUACAACCACGCUCCUGCUGUUAACAACGUUUCGCAAUUUCCGGUCGUUUCAGUUCUCCACUUACGUAAACAGUACUAAUCUAUCUUCGCGAACACAUCACUUCCCCAAUGAGAGGACUCUACUUCGACACGGCAACAAAGUCAUGCAACAAGAUGCCCAUGUAGAAUGAAAAUAAGCAGGACAACAGUUUCCGUUUCCGCGAAUAAUUUGAUUUCUUUU